AUGAGCGGCACCAAAAGACCUGCCUCCAGCCUGGAGAUCGACAGCAGUUCGAAUGGCAACCUCGAAGUCACAUCCUCAUCUAGCAACCCCAACAUCGUCCGCAGGCACCGCGCCCAACUCGAAGACGUCAAGCGCCGCAACCCCCAUCUCGGCAUAAUCAUCAACCCCAACCGCCCAUCCACGACCUUCAACAUCUACAAAGCGAUCCUCCGUCACCCAAACCUCUUCUUCCAAUUCACCCUCCGCCUCCCACCCGCCACGCUCCUCGACCUCUACGCCAUCGACAAAGAAUUCCACUACCGCUUCAACAAACACGGUGUCUCCCUGAUCCACGACUUCGCCAAAUACCACGCCCCCGACGCCGCCUACGUCUUCACCUGGACCCUCUGGCCCAACCUCUGCAUCUCCGACCCAAGCCUCAAGCCCAUGGACCGCCGCUCCCACCUCUCCCGCGACAUUCCCUCCCUCCGCUGGACCAAACUCGUCAUCUUCCGCGACCGCAUCGUCCGGCACAUUCUAACGCUCCUCGCCCUCGAAGGGCACCGCGUCCCCCGCGCUACCGGCCGCGCCCUCAUGAAACUCUGGCUCCUCAUGGAAACCAAGACGCAAGCCGCGCGCGUGAAACUCGUUCGCAACCCCGCGGUCCUCGCCGACGAAGACAUCCUCCUCCUCCACCUCUUCCUGACGAAGCUCGACAUGCGGUUCUCGGACCCCGUGCAGGGCCGCGGCAUGGGCGAGCUCUCGCACAUGCUGCUGUGCCAGCGGAACCUGAUUCCCCUGCGGGACGUGCUGGCGGGCAAGACGAGGCUGGACUUCGACAAUUCGACGGAUCUGGCGAGGCGGACGUAUUUGACUGGGUGGUUUGACCGCGCGUUCGUGCCGUGGAUUGAUGAUGAGUUGGAGAAUGGGGUUCCUGAGUCGGAGUGGGCGCUUAUGAAUAGGGAGUAUUGGGAUGAUGAGGGGCGGCCGAUGGAGUUUGCGAUUGAUUUGGUUGGCAUGGAGGGGGUUAGGAGGGGGUUGAAUGUUCAUAGGUGGGCGUUGAGUUUCUUGACGUAUGGGUAUGUGGAUUUGGAGAAGGGGAAGAAUGUGGGGAUUGUGAGGAAGUAUAGGGGGAUUCGAAGGCCGGUGGAUGUGGAGGAAACACGCUUGCAGGAGGAAGAGAUACACAGUCUCAUCGACAGGCUCGACGAGCUGUCGACUGCAAACUAG